CUGGACCUCUGCUUUGCUGGCUUCAAGCUCGCCCUUGUUGGUCUUUUAUGGGGCUUGUCUGCUAAGAGAGUAGGAGAGAGAGAAAAAGAGAGAGAUGGAGAAACAUACACAAAGUUUUUAUUUUUAUUUUUAUUUUUCUCGGUUGGCCCAAUCUUUCAAAUAAGCUCUUCCUUUUUGAAUACACACAUUCAUUUUGUGUACUUCUUCAACAAUCUCAUCAUCUUUCAUACCACCACUAAGAGAGAGAGAGAGAGAGAGAGUCUCUAUAAAGAAAACCAUCCAAUACCACAACCCACUUCUUGUUUUUCCCUCUUGUUUCCAUGGAUCCGCAGAUCUAAUGAUUUUCAGAUAUCUACAUGAACUUUGUUUCCCUUUUCCUAGAUCCUAAUCUUCCUUGUACGUCAACUGCUUAUCAUAGUUGCCUUCAAGUGACAGUCAAAAUUUAUCGUUUAUAAUUAUUGAGCUGAGAAGUGGGGCAGAAUAGAAUUGGCAAUCAGGAUUUUCUGGGGUUAGAGGUGUUUCAGUGUGCUUAUUACAUGUGGAGAUUUGGGAGCGUUGUUUGGAUGAGAUGAGGGAUGUUAUCAGAGUUGAUGAACUACUUGAGGGCCUGUUUUCGGCCGAGGUCGAAUCGAUAUGUUCAUACGGGUUCAGAUGCUGGAGGUCGCCAAGAUGGGCUUUUAUGGUACAAAGAUUCAGGGCAGCAUUUUAAUGGUGAAUUCUCAAUGGCUGUAGUCCAGGCUAACAAUUUACUCGAGGAUCAGAGCCAGAUUGAGUCUGGCAAUUUGAGCUUGCAUGAGUCUGGUCCAUGUGGUACUUUUGUUGGUGUUUAUGAUGGACAUGGUGGGCCGGAGACUUCAAGAUUUAUCAAUGAUCACCUCUUUCAGCAUCUCAAGAGGUUUACUUCAGAGCAGCAGUCUAUGUCUGCAGAUGUAAUACGGAAGGCAUUUCAAGCAACAGAAGAGGGUUUUCUCUCUGUUGUCACCAGACAAUGGCCUAUGAAACCACAGAUUGCAGCAGUUGGAUCUUGCUGCCUUGUUGGUGUUGUUUGUGGUGGAUUCCUUUACAUUGCUAACCUUGGUGAUUCCCGAGCUGUUUUGGGGAGAGCUGUAAAGGCAACAGGGGAGGUUCUUGCCAUUCAGUUGUCAUCAGAGCAUAAUGCAUGUAUAGAGUCCGUGAGGCAGGAACUGCAUUCUCUGCAUCCUGAUGAUUCAAAUAUUGUAGUUUUGAAGCAUAACGUAUGGCGUGUGAAGGGCCUUAUACAGGUUUCUAGAUCCAUUGGUGAUGUGUAUUUGAAAAAGGCUGAGUUCAACAGAGAGCCUCUUUAUGUUAAAUUUCGUCUUCGUGAACCUUUCACAAGACCAAUAUUGAGCUCUGAACCAUCAAUCUCAGUCCACCAAUUGCAGCCACAUGAUCAGUUUGUAAUAUUUGCGUCUGAUGGGCUCUGGGAACACCUCAGCAACCAGGAAGCUGUUGAUUUAGUUAAAAACCAUCCACGUAGUGGAAGUGCAAGGAGACUUGUGAAAGCUGCUCUCCAAGAAGCAGCCAAAAAGAGGGAAAUGAGGUAUUCAGACUUGAAGAAGAUCGACCGUGGGGUCCGGCGCCAUUUCCAUGACGACAUCACUGUGAUUGUUGUGUUUCUUGAUUCAAAUCUUGUAAGCAGGGCUAGUUCUGUCAAGUGCCCUAAUCUAUCUGUGAGAGGGGGUGGAAUCAACCUGCCUCCUAACAGUCUGGCUCCUUGUGCCACGCCAACAGAAGCUGGCAAUCCCUGAUUAGGCUGUACCUCAUGUUCUGUCUGUUGUAUUAUUCUCUGUGUGAAUAGCAGGUAGCUUCAAAAGAGAUAAAAGAGGAUCAGGCCUUCAAUUCUUUAUUGUAUACUGUAACUUUUAACUGGAGAUUAAUACCGUUUAGCCUCUAUGCCAAAGAACUUGAAAAGAGAACUUUAAGGUGACAGUAAUAGUAGUUAUUUCGUUGGCACGGUUCUUACCCUUUGUUUUCCUUUUUGUUUUUUCUGUUGGCAUUUUUUUGGUUUUGUAAAUUUUACAACGCAGCAAAUUAAGUUUUUGCUUCCAUUUC